CAAAGUGAAGCUGCACCUUUCCCUUUUUCUUUAACACUACUUUCCAUUCCCUUCCUUCCUCCGCCUUUCUUCCUCCUCCUUCAUUAAUAGUCAUCAUAUCGCCCUCCUCACUCUAUCUCAAGUUAUAUCCACUAUGCCUUCUGUUGAUAUCAAACCUAUCAUCGACAUCACUGACUUGAAAGUGAAAGAAGUCAAAGACAAGAAAGAGAAGAAAGAAAAAAAGGAGAAGAAGGAAAAGAAGGAGAAGAAAGAAAAGAAAGAAAAGAAAGAAAAGAGAUCUCGCAAGACUAGCAGUAGCAAUUCGGACUCGGACUCGGAUGAAGAGAUCAAGCCUGGCUUCAAGAAAAUCCGCAUUGAAAAGACUACGGACACUGUCACACCCAGCCCUGCAGAGACUCCUCGCGACACAACUCCUGAAGACGUAAAUGAAAAGGAUGGCGAUCAGGGGGAGGAAACUAUUCCUGAAAACCUCAGACUAUCAUCUUACAAGAUUUCUCCUGCUACCGUCGCUGCUCUAGCUGCUCGUGGCAUCAAUGCCCUCUUUCCUAUCCAGGCUGAAACCUUUGAUUAUAUCUUCAAUGGAAACGAUGUCCUUGGGCGGGCCAGAACUGGAACUGGAAAGACCUUAGCCUUCGCAUUACCUAUGACUGAAGUGCUAUUGAAGGAUAAGGUCAUUGCCGAGCGUGGUCGUUAUCCUCGAGUUCUUGUACUUGCACCUACGCGUGAUUUAGCUAUCCAGGUCUCGAAUGAAUUCUCAAGCAUUGCACCUUCUCUCAAAUGCAUCAGUCUUUAUGGUGGUACACCCAUGCCAGAACAAACUGCUCAUCUCCGUAAUGGAGUCGAUGUCGUCGUCGGUACGCCAGGACGCUGUCUGGACCAUAUCAACCGCGGUAACUUGAAGCUAGAAAAGUUGCGGUUUGUCUGCUUGGAUGAAGCCGAUCAAAUGUUGGAUAUUGGAUUCGCAGAAGAUAUGGAGCAGACAUUGCAACAUGUUCGAACUCAAAAGGAAGCCCGUGGUGCAUCUGCUCCCAAACACCAGACAUUGUUGUUCUCGGCCACUGCACCCGAUUGGAUCAAACAGACAGUCGAAAAGUAUCUGGACCCCAAAUAUAUCAACGUCGACCUAGUCGGUAACUCUCGAGUUAAAACAAAUGAGAACAUCCGCCAUUACGCCAUUCCUUCGACCUGGCAGUCCCGCAAAGAUGUCAUCGGAGACGUGGUUGCAGUUUAUGGGGGUAAUCGUGGUUUGACUGUCAUUUUUGCCAACACUAAAGCUGAAGCAGAUGAAUUGGCCUUGACGGACAAGCUUCGAGCGGAUGCCAAGGUCCUGCACGGCGAUAUUCCUCAGGCGCAGCGUGAGUUGACUCUCCAGGGAUUCCGUGAGGCCAAGGUCAAGUGUAUCAUUUGCACAGAUGUUCUAGCUCGUGGUAUUGAUAUUCCCAUGGUGGAUUUGGUCAUUAACUGUCAACCACCUAAAGAUGUGGAGACUUAUGUUCACCGAUCCGGUCGUACAGGACGUGCUGGACGUAAGGGCGUCUGCGUGACAUUCUUCAAGGCUCAAGAAGAGUACAUGAUCCAGAACAUUCAACGUCGUGCUGGUAUGGAGAUGGUCAAGGUUGGCCCUCCACAACCUCAGGAUAUCAUUGCCGCUACAGCUCAGGAUGCUGCUGAUAUUGUUGCCAAGGUGGUCAAGAAUGUGAUCCCUAUGUUUAAGCCCAUUGCAGAAUCCAUGAUUGCAGACAGCUUUAGCGGUAACACCACAGAGGCUUUGGCAGCCGCUUUGGCAUACAUCUCUGGAUAUGGUGCUGGUGUCCGUGCUCGCUCAUUAAUGUCAGCCGCUGAAGGUUAUACCACCAUGCUCUUCCGUCUCACACAUGAGAUCCAGCAUGCUGGAUAUGUCCGCAACAUUUUGACUCGCAACUUCCCUAAACUAGGAUAUGAAGAUGUUAAGGGCAUGAGGAUGACCAAGGAUAUGAAAGGCGUUGUCUUUGAUGUAACCUCUGACAAGUUAGAAGUCGAUAACAACAUAAUAUCGCUUGCAGGUAGUCAAUGGAGAGAUUUGGACAAUAUCACACUUGAGGUAGCAAAGAGUCUGCCGGAGCUUGAACAGCGCAUGGAUGAUCGCCGUGGUGGCUAUGCCAGUGGUGGACGUGGCGGAUAUGGUAAUGGGCGUAAUGGUGGAGGAUUUGGAGGCCGUGGUGGUUUCCGUGGUGGUCGUGGUGGAAAUGGUGGAGGAUUCCGUGGUGGGCGUGGUAGUGGACGCCGAUAAAAGAAAGAGAGUACAACAUUUCAUUCUCCUUGAUUCAUUGUUACUGUUAUCUUUUUUUUUUCUGUUUUUUUUGCAUUAUUCUGUAUACUAUUCAUUCAUUUGACCCCAUAUACACUCACCGUUUUGUAUGCAUAUGUUCAUUCAUUAUUAAAGGCACUUCUGAAUAGAAGACGGGAAUAAUUAUUCCUCUAAAAGCGU